UCGACAGAGCAUUAUUUCUCGCGUGUUUUCCCCUUUAAAUUAGCGAACUUCCCUGUUGACGGCACAGGGAGCGCGCACGGGUGAACGCGCAUCGUGUCUUCAGAUCAAAGAGUGACAUGAGUCUGAUUUAAUCGGCCUUUACUGGACAUUCAGACACUCAGCGGACAGGAUGGAUCUGGACGUGCUGAACAUGUUCUUGAUUGCCGGCGGGACUCUGACGAUCCCCAUCCUGGCGUUUGUAGCCUCGUUCCUGCUCUGGCCGGCCACACUUAUUAAAGUUUAUCACUGGUAUUGGCGCAGACGGCUGGGGAUGCAGGUGGAUUAUGCUGAAUAUGAAGGUUAUCGAUUCUGUUACUCUCACAGAGGAAAUCCAGGCUUUCGUCCGUCUGUUUUAAUGCUGCACGGCUCUGCACACAAAGACAUGUGGCUCGGGGUGGUGAAGUUUCUUCCUAAAAAUGUGCACUUAAUAUGUGUGGACAUGCCGGGACAUGAAGGUACAUCACGCACCAGUGCUGUGGAUUAUUCCAUAGAGGGCCAAGUCAAACGCAUUAAUCAGUUUGUGAAGAGCAUUGGACUGAACAAAAAGCCUUUCCAUCUGAUCGGCACGUCUAUGGGUGGAAAUGUAGCUGGAGUUUAUGCAGCUCGUCACCCAUCUGAACUCUGCGGCGUCACACUCAUCUGUCCUGCAGGUCUUCAGUAUCCCACUGAAAGUAAGUUUGUUGAGCGUUUGAGGGAGCUGGAGAAAUCGCAGGACAGAGACAGAAUCCCGCUGAUCCCCUCCACACCCGAGCAGAUGGAGGAGAUGCUCAAACUCUGCUCAUACGUGCGCUUUAAGAUUCCUAAACAGAUUCUUCAAGGACUGGUUGACGCUCGCGUCCCAAACAAUGACUUCUACCACGAGUGUUUUAUGGAGCUUGUUGGAGAAAAAUCCCGACACUCUUUACAUGAGAACAUGCAUCUCAUUUCAACUCCUCUACAAGUUAUUUGGGGGAAAAAUGACCAGGUUUUAGACGUGUCUGGAGCUUCAGUUUUGUCCGGAGCCAUACCCGGAUGUCAGGUUGAUCUACUAGACAACUGUGGACAUUCAGUAGUGUUGGAGCGGCCGAGGAAAUCUGCCCAGCUCAUCACAGACUUCAUCAUCGCACAACAGAACGCAGGAAUCAACAGCAACAAGAAACUCUCCUAAAUCAGGACACUGUUCAUGUUUACGCCAUGUGGUUGGUUAAAGCUGCAAACGUUAAGGUUGUUGAAGAACAAAUAGGAAGGUUGCGCCACCCUGAUUUCACCAAGUAGGACAUGUUCCUGGAUAGACAUCUGUGUUAAUCCUUGAACAACAUUCCAAUCAGCCAAUCAGAAUUAAGGGAUGCGUUUACCAUUCAGGGUUAUGGUUAGGUUUAUGCAGGUCUACAUGAUUGUUAUCAACUAUUAUUCCCCUCUGAUUUUGUGAAUAAUUUACAGUAUGGUUGGGUUUAGGGGUAGGGAAUAGGUAUGGAUUACAUUUUCCAACUAAAAUGAUGAUUCAGGAACACGUCAUGAUUUUGCCAGAUAUGAUGCUGCGAUCCUGCAUUAACGUCUAUGUUGAUCCUGGAACAUCAUUUUUGCUGGAAAAUCUAAUCCAUACCUAUUCCCAGUGGCGGUUCUAGGGGGGGGAAGGGGGGUUCAACAAGCUUGUCAACAAGCUUGGCCCCCCUCUGGCCCCCCUAAAUUUGGAGGCUUAUUUUUGUGUCACAAUUAAAACGCCACGGAAAAGCGAGAUCAGCCAUUGCUGGCGGACGGAGAUAUGGCCGGCUCUCGCGCGCUCUCAGUGUCGCGCGCACUCGCUCUCUGUGUCGCGCGCACUCGCUCUCUCUCUCUGCUUUUCCUUGACUUGUAUGCGCAUCAGUUUCCCGCCUUCUUCAGAAGUUAAGCCCCACGUUGACACAGGUAAUAAGAAAAAUUCAACUUCAGUCGUGUUCAUGUUGUGAAACACUAUCAAAAUGUCCACUGUUGAUAUAUUAGUCUUCUGUUUUCAAUGGCGAUUUUAACACUGAUAGGAAGUCCUCCGCUCUGCAGAGGCUGUUAUUAAUCAGAAAUUGAGUGUACAUAGUUUUACGCUAAUAAAUGCAGUCUUGAAUUUACGAACAGUCGGCAAGUACCAGAGAACAGUUGUAACACAUUGAUCAAAUUUUUCAGUCACGCUCAUGUAAAAGUCCUAUUCAUCUCGUUUAGUUUUGCCUUCAUUUUUUUCAGUCAUGACAAAGCACGAGUCUUCAACACAUGAUUUAUUUACAACACGUUGUUAAACACAAUAGUUUAACUCAUUUCUGAUAAUAACUAGCUACUUUUUUAUCUUUCCCAUGGUGACAGCAUAAUAUUUUACUAGGUUUUUUGCAAGAUGUAUUCAGAUUAAAGUGUAAUUUUAAGAUUUAACAAGGUUAUGUUAACUAGGAAAGUUAAAAUAAUAAAACAAGUUAUUGUAUAACUGGUUUGUUGAGUAGACAAUCAAAAAUCUACAGUAAAUAUUUCUUAAGGAGGCUAAUAAUACUGGCCUUAAU